GUUAGUUGACACAAUUUUUCUACUCCAAACAAAAAUAAUAAUAAACUUAACCAAACAAAUCACUUUUAUGUCGGUCUAUUAUUUGGAGUCAAUUAAAUCGAUACCGUUAAUUAGAUAUAGUGUUUUCUCAAAAAUUUCUAUGAAUUAUAUGUAAUGGAAGAGGCUGAAAUUAGUGCCAAAGAAAAAGAAAACAUAUGUGAGCGUUCUUAUUGCGAUGCAUUAAAAAGAAUUACUCACCGAGAAAAUAUUGACUUCUUUCAUCUAUCAAAAUACAUAAUUAAGAGACGUGAAAAAGCUUGGAGUGAACUAUUCGAUAAGUAUGACAAAGAGAUAGAUGAUUAUGAAAUCAAGAUGUACGACUCGGGUUCUGAUGUUAACGACGAUGAGAAAGACAUGGACAACAAGUCAGAACAAGAAGCUGAUGAUGUGGAUGAAAAAUUAUAUUUUAUAAAAAAUCGGACUCCUAUCCGCAAACUUCCUGCUUUGGUUCAGUAUUGGGUGGAUACUGGAAAUCCUCCAUUUCAGCUUAAUUUAGAACAUGACGACUGUGAAUCAUCUUUGAGUGAGGAUCAAAAAUCUAGCCCGUUAAUUAUACAUGCACAAUCUGAAACUGAAGAUAAACGUGAUCACAGCACAUCUUUUCUCAGUUCUGUAGAUACUGCUGCGUAUAUUUUAUCGAAUACCAAUGUAACAAAAAAAGCCGACACAUUAGCUAUUGUUGAAGGGGCUAAGAAGUCUGAUUCGCCAAUAGAAACAAACAAUAUCUUAUUAAAUGCUUCGAAAAACUGUACAUCUACAAAUGAAGCAUCUAAUACUCAAGAUGAAAAUAAUCAUAAUCUGGUAAGUGGAAGAACUUCUAUUCACCACAUGAAUGGAACAGAUUUAACGGCUAUAAAAUCGCACGUGUUAACUGCCCUUAAUCCAGAUAAUGUAAAAAAGAAAAAACUUAUAAGUAGCGAAAGUUGUGAUAAAUCUUUGGACAAAUUGAUCAUGGAAACGAGUGUAAAAAUAACUGAUAUUCUUCCAACUCUUGAACAAUUUGAUAAAACAAUGAAUGGAAAUACAAGUGAUAAUGAUGAUAAGUCGUCGAAUAUUGUUUCGUGGAAAGAUAGUCACAAAUCAUCUAAGAUCCAACCGUGUGCCCGCAAGAAGUUAUAUACGAAUAGAGAGAGUCCAAUAGACUUGAUUCUGAGUGAUCCAAAAAAUAAUUUUAAACCAAGGUUUAGUGCAAAUGUUUUACAUCCAGCAUUGCAAGGUACACCAACUAUUAAUGCAUCAAGAUUGUACUUUAGACGAAGAACACUAAGGUAUUCUAAAAAAAGGAAAAGUAUUCCAAGCAAUAAAUCCAAGAGACUUUCGAAUAAAAGUUCCCUUAAUUCUCCAAACGUAAGAAAAAGUAGUCGUAAGCGUUCAAGUGCUAAAGUAACUAAUUUAAAUCAUGAUGUAACUGAUAGUAGCAAAAAAAACUCAGCUGACAAUGAUGAUCAAAUGAAAAAUGAUGAAAGAAAAGAAGACCUUAUAGAACUUUGUAAAAAGAAAACAUUAGUUGUAAAAUUAGAAAGAAUUCCAGAUGAUAAGUUAAUAAAUGGAAAAGUACUAGAUAUUAAAAAGCCACUAAAUUUGAGUAACACUUUAUCUGCUGAAGCUACUAAGUCAAAUAUAAAAAAAUCGAAAGACUAUGCUGAUUUUCUGGAACUGGAUUCCCAAGAGAGUGAUCAAAGUACAAUAAUAAUUUGUGAAUGUAAUGAUAAGAGUAAUUUAUCAUCGCAAGAGGACAAUCAAACUUGUUCUGAAAAUGAAUCAAUGCACUCAAAAGACGAACAUAAUAAAAAAGCUACAAAACAAUCAACUAAGUUACUUAAUGAAGAGUUACAAAAUAUUGAUAGACAAGUUCCUCCAGACGAAAACAAGAUUAUAGUUGAUGACGACGACUCUUCCGAUAUUUUCAUAGGAAAAUUUAAUAAAAUAACAGAUCCAUCAAUACUAUCUGAAAUAUUAGCUUUAUCUAAUAAGAAAGAAACAAUGUCACCGAAUUCUGAUAAAAGUAAGCAGAUUGAAGUUAACAUUCAGUCACCCUCGCCUCAAAAAUCAAAUAUUUCAGAAAAUUCUGAAGACCAUUCUUGGAGGCUGCGAUUGACUUUUUCGUCAGAUGAAGAGGAUGAUUUCAUAAAGAUGAUUCGACAAAAAACAGUGAUUAGUAAAAUUACACAAACACAAAUUGAAGACAAAUCAGCUGAAGAUGCUAAUAAAAGUGGACCAAUUGUAAAUAACUCUAACAAUGAAUCAAAUCUGCAAUGUAAGUUUGGAAUGAUUGCAUCUUCUGAUGAUGAUGAGAAAAAAAUUAUAAAGGUCGAGAACAUUUUUACUCAAAAAAGGAAAAGUCUUCGUAUUCAUUCUCGUAGUAAAAAAGUUGAAACUGUAUCUUCUGAUGAUGAAGCUGUGGAAAUCGGAACAACUAGACAUAAAAGAAAAAGUACAAACUCUCAUAGUAAAAAAUGUAAUAAACAUUCUGGUAAAGCAAUCGUCAAAAGUAUUUCUCCAAAAAAUAGCACAAAAGAAGUAGCUUCCCAUAUUAAUGUAGAGUUAAAUUAUCCUGAAUCGGAUGCAUCAAGUGAAAACAUAACACCACCUAAAAAACUGAAAACUACUCCAGAUGAUAUUCCGAAUGGUAAUAAAAAGGAAUCGAUGAAUGAUACCAACUCAAUUAAUGUGCCAAUGAUUUCCUUAAAAGAAGAAGAUUUUUCGUUGAACAAGAAAAACUUGAAUGACCUUAUAAAGCAAAAUUUGACCGUGAAACCUGAUCGAACUCUUCGAUCGAAAAGACAAAGACGUUCCAACCCGAAGAAUAAAAAAGACAGUAAUGUAUCUAGAAAUGGAGAUCAUGAAAACAAAUGCUCUCCAAAGAAACAGAUUUUGAUGAAGGAAUUUAGUAUUUCAGUAGUUAAAUGUUCAAAUCCAUCAGAAGAUGUUGUAGAUUCAGGCUUGAGUUCAAUUGUAUCAUCGAAUGAUAAAAGAAGCAAAAAAUUAACAUGCAGUGAUCAUUCCAGAAAUGCUAGCCCGGUUGAAAAGCGAAAUGAAAACAGUCCUAGAUCAUUAAAAAGAAAAACCAACAGAUCUAGAAGUAUUCAACGAAGUGCAUUGAAAGCUGUGAAGAAAUUAAAUAAAAAACCCAAAAGUAUCUCGGUAUCAAAUGAAAGUGAGUCUGAAAGUGAUUUAAAACCUAUAACACGUAGACAAUCUGCUAUUAAUAAAUCAAAUUCAAGUAAUCCUACAAAUACACAAGGAAAACAAAAUUUUGAUAAUAUAUUCCCGGACCCUAUUAAUGAUUCUGAUGUUUUGGAUAUGCCAGUAUUUUCUAGUAGGUCCAGAAGAAGUCGAGAUAAAAAUGCUGAAAAGAAUCACACAGAUAAAACUUUAUCAAAUAGUAGACUAAGAAAUGGUAAAAUCAAAUUUCACACCGGAAUGUCGAGUGAUUCGGAUUAAUAUGAACUAUUUUUGUAAAAAAAUUAUUAUUAUUUUAAUUAAUUUGUUAUUUAUAUAUUAAAGACGUAAAAAUAAUUGUAAAUAAUUUAAAUGAAUUUUAAAAAUAUAAUAUUAAAUUAUAAUCUACCUUCUGACAAAAUUUUUAAGAGAAAAAAUAAUUGUUUCUACGUACAAGGCCAUUCUAAAAACAUAUCCAAUUUUCGCGCACAAUUAUGAUAUUAAAGUAAUUUAUUGCUUAUUUUUUUUGAUUUUAUAUGGUCGUUGACGACUUUUUUAUAUUUAAAAUUAUUAGCGUUUUAUAUGUAAAGCUAUAUUUUUGUAAUGAUUUAACAAAUUGUUUCAUGAUAAUAAUUAAUAUUGAGUAUAUUUUUAUAGUCUUAACAGCAGUUGUUAUUAUGCAAUUAGAGAUAUUAUUUAACAAAAAUACGUUGGAGAUCUGAAAUUUAAUGUAAUGGUGCCAGUGAUUAAUACGUCCCGCUCUCUUAUACCC